GGUCAACGGGGUCUGGCCUGCGGCUCACCCAAAAACAAUAGAAGAACGAAUAGUCAGAGUAGUCCACUCGUAUCUGUUGUCAUAGUCAGGACGCACCCCCACCAAAAUUCCCAAACCCUUCUUCCGCUCAACGAUUCUUGUUUUUCUGGGUAAUCUUUUUAGUCAUCGCAAUUUCUCUUAUUUACUCCUUCCUUCAUUGUAAGUUUUGGCAUCUAGCUUUUUCCCACUUUCUAUGAUUUUCCGUUUGAUUGCGUUUUCAAUCCAUCUUAGUAGUUAAGUAGCGACUUUUAUGCGGUUAGGGCGCUGAUCCUCAUAAUCGACUGAUUGUGACUUUGAACAAGUAAUCUGAUUUGUUGUUAGGAUGUAUUUUCAAUAACUGAUUAUUUGUUCAGGUGAAGACUUGACGGUUUUUGUUCAGACUGGGAAAAAAAGAUGAGCGACAAUUUGAUGGAGAAAGUCAACUCUUUGGGGGAGCGGUUGAAGAUCGGAGGGUCAGAGGUGAGCCAAAAAAUCACUGCUGGAGUGACGUCAAUGAGCUACAAGAUGAAGGAGUUCUUCCAGGUCCCAAACCAGGCGGAUAAGCUAGUGGAGGAAGCAACUGCCGAGACUCUGGAUGAGCCCAGUUGGGCAACCAAUCUUGAACUGUGUGACAUGAUAAAUCAUGAUAAGGUCAAUAGUAUUGAACUCAUAAGGGGAAUAAAGAAGAGGAUCUUGUUGAAAAGCCCGAGGGUUCAAUUCUUAGCCUUGGUUUUGCUUGAAACCAUAGCCAAAAACUGCGAGAAGGCUUUCUCUGAGAUUGCAGCCGAAAGGGUGCUUGAUGAGAUGGUGAAGUUGAUCGAUGAUCCCCAAACUGUAGUGAACAAUCGGAACAGGGCUCUCACAAUGAUUGAAGCUUGGGGCGAAUCAUCUAGUGAGCUUCGGUAUCUUCCUGUUUAUGAAGAAACUUAUAAGAGCUUGAAAUCAAGAGGCAUACGCUUCCCUGGUCGUGAUAAUGAGAGCCUGGCUCCUAUAUUCACCCCGGCAAGAUCUGUAACCACUUCAGAAACAAAUGCCACUCUUGCACAACAAUUGUAUCAUGAUAUUCCACCUCCAGUGACCUUGUCAGCUGAACAAACCAAGGAAGCAUUUGACGUGGCAAGAAAUAGUAUAGAGCUUCUUACCACUGUUUUAUCCUCUUCACCUCAACAAGAUGCUUUAGAGGAUGAGUUGACAACCACACUGGUACAACAAUGCCUCCAGUCCCAAAACACGGUUCAGAGAAUCAUUGAGACCGCUGGAGAUAAUGAGGCUCUCCUUUUUGAAGCUUUGAAUGUGAAUGAUGAGAUCGUGAGAGCCAUUUCAAAGUAUGAAGACAUGAAAAAACCUGCGGUCGUCCCAUCAGCACCUGAGCCUGCUAUGAUACCAGCUGCACCCGUUGAGCCCGACGAUUCCUCCCCCUAUGCCGUAAAGGAAGACGGUCUGAUCCGGAAGCCUUCGGGCCUACGACCCGGAGUUAAUCAUGGUGGAAACAAUGACGAAAUGAUGAAUGACCUUGAUGAGAUGAUCUUUGGUAAAAAAGCAGGCACCGGUGAUUCGUCUGGAUCCACCGUGCAUCAAGACAAGAAGCAGCAAUCACCCAAUGAUUUCAUUUCCUUUUGAGAUUAACCGUGGCACUGGAUUAUUAUAUUUGAAAACCAGUCCUUGGUGGUGUUAAUAUGAUUAGAUAUUCACUGUGUUUUCAAUUAUUUUCUCCAAAGGAAUAUGAAAACUUUCUCUCUUUGAGGGAGUAUUUGAAGUACUAUUAUUUCAACUUACGUACCUGAUUUGAAAUUUGAAUUGUUCGAAUGAUACAUGUGAAUAUGUGAUGAUGCAUUUGGCAUGUACAAAUUGGACAUGUCUAAUAAUAUUUGAUGUGAUUCCUACAAUCCUACAUCGUUACAUUAAAUCCUAAAUGAGC